CCAUGUCAGUGUCGCCCUCUCUCAAAUCAUCAUCAAACUUUGAUAGUAAUGAAGACUUGCUAAACUUGAUCACUUCUUCAUGGGAUAAAAAUCGCAAAUCAACCCUUCAAAACUCAAAAUGGACGCGCGACUAUCUCUCUAGACUGACAUCUUUAUCUCUAAAUGAGCUCAUCAAAGAACCUACUGAGCUCAGAGCAGAACAAGAAAAGACAAAACAGGAUGCCCAAAUGCUGGCCUACAAAGAUUAUCCCGUAUUUAUUCAUGCCCAAGAAUGUCGACUCGAAUUAGACGAGACCCUACAAGGUCUCGAUGGACAUCUCAACACCUUUGUCUCGGCCAUUCCUGACCUUCAAGACGCAUGCAAAGUAUUUACUCAGCAAGCACAAGCUAUAGUAGAAGACAGGACCAAGAUUACACGUGUUCUAGAACAUCAGAAUGUACUGGUAGAUCUACUAGAAAUUCCACAACUGAUGGACACUUGUGUGUGGAAUGGUUAUUAUUCAGAGGCUAUGGACCUAGCUUCUCACGUCCGCCUUCUUUUGGUACAAUAUCCUUUACCUGUAAUCGAAAGCAUUCAACAACAGGUCCAGGCAUCGUGUGACUCAAUGUUGGUUCAACUUGUGUCUCAUUUGCGACGCCCUAUCAAGCUAGCGGCUGCUAUGAGUGUUAUUGGUCACUUGCGACGAAUGGAAGCAUUUCAGUCAGAAACUGAACUUCGUGUGGUUUUUCUUCGAUCGAGGCACGAGUUCUUGGAACAGCGUCUAGAGAGAGUCAGGCAAAAAGACCGGUCUGAAGAUAUACGAAAAAGAAGUCAAGGUGCAUUCGAAUGUUUGAAGCGAUAUAUUGAUGUUAUGCGAGAGCAGAUGUUUGAAAUUGCAAAGCAGUAUAUGUCUGUGUUCCCUGGUCAGGAAAGUAUGUUGCUGGUGUCUGAUUAUAUGAUCUUCUUGAUCACGCAGAUGAGGGACAUGCUAAAAGAAGAACUCCGGUUUAUCAAGGAUACAUCUUCCUUAGCAUCUCUUCUCACCCAGCUCCAAUAUUGUGGUGUAUCGCUUGGACGUAUUGGAUUAGAUUUUCGACAUUUGUUUGUGAACUCGUUUGAAGACGCUGUGCUCCCUCUUAUUCAAGAAUGGAUUAGUGAAGCAACUGCAGAUGCCCUCAAGGAAAUCACAUUAGCUACAAACAAUCUUUCUUCCCCUAGCUCGUGGAUGUCUGUCAACGUGGCAUCCUCGCUACAUUGGCAAGAUAAUGCGCAAAAAAGACAUGUCCACCAACCACCGAUGCUACUAGUAGACUAUCCUAUUCUGGCAGUAUUCACCAACAAUAUACUCUCAACAUUCAAUGCGUUACGACUGUUACCUGCUGUCGGUUUAUUUAAGCCAAUCCAAGACCACCUCAACGAAUGUUUCCUAGAAAUUGGCAAUGCUCUCAAACAGUAUUCUGAUCAAGCCGUUUUACGUAUUCCAGAAGAGAAUGUGUUUUUGCAAUCUUUCUGCGCUGCUUAUGUUCGCUGGUUUCGUGGUAUAUUUCAGCAAAUGGAUAUUACAGAAACCAUUCCUGCUCACACAAUAUUAUACUACGAGAAGCAACUCGGAACCUAA